AUGACAACACAUAAUAAAUUAUUGAAAGUAACAGACACGAAAUUUACUUUCGUCACAUCAUUACUAGCAGGAGGAUUAGCUGGCACUUCUGUUGAUGUGAUAUUGUUUCCAUUAGACACAUUAAAAACACGUUUGCAAUCUAAACAAGGGUUCAUAAAAUCGGGUGGAUUUUCUAAUCUUUAUAAAGGACUUCUUCCGGUGUUAGUUGGUUCUGCACCAAGUGCAUCCUUAUUUUUUGUAACUUAUGAAAGCCUUAAAACUGUAACACAAUGUGUAGUUCCCGAAAAGUAUCAUUCGUUCCUUCACAUGGGUUCAGCAUCUCUAGCAGAAAUGGUUGCCUGCUUGAUACGAGUACCUGUAGAAGUUAUAAAACAAAGAAAGCAAGCUUUAAUAUUAGAUAUAAGAGAUAUUAAUCUAAGAAUGCUUUAUUGUGGCUAUUGGAGUACUAUAUUAAGAGAUAUGCCCUUUAGUUUAAUACAAUUUCCAAUAUGGGAGCAUUUAAAAAAAAUUUGGAGUUCAAAUAUGAAUAGAGAUAUUCUUCCUGUAGAAAGUGCUGUAUGUGGAGCAAUUGCAGGUGGUAUUUCUGCUACUAUUACUACACCAUUAGAUGUUAUAAAAACGAGAAUAAUGCUUUCAAAUAGAAAUGAAAAUGCUUCAAAAUUAAAAAUACUGUAUAUACUAGAAGAUGUAUAUACAGAAAAAGGGUUACAUGGACUCUUUGCUGGAGUGGGCCCUAGAGUGAUUUGGAUAACAAUUGGAGGUUUUAUCUUCUUUGGAACGUACGAAGUAGCGCGUACUAUAAUAACAAAAUAUUGCGUAUCUUUACAUAAUGUACCUACAGAGAAUAACAAAUAUCAAUGA